AUGCAGCAAAUGAAAGCGGUGCGCCUUGCUAGAAUCGGAACAAAGGCAAGCGCCGAGCUCCACGACGAGCCACUACCGAUCCCUGGCCAGCACCAAGUCCUGGUUAAGGUACAUGCCGCUUCGCUGAACUACCGCGACAUGGUCGUAUUGAGGGGGGAAUAUCCCGGGGAAACGAAGAAGGAUGUUGUCCCCCUCUCUGACGGAGCCGGCCAGGUUGUGGCAGUUGGCAAAGGCGUCAAGCGCGUGGAGCCCGGGGAUCGGGUCACAGUUAGUUGCCUCACAUCCUGGAUCGGUGGCCCAAGCAUCGCGGAGUAUCGCUCCAGCAGCGUCGGUUUUACUAUCGACGGGAUGCUGGCUGAGUACGCGGUGUUCUAUGAAGACGCCCUUGUCCGAAUUCCGAACUACCUCUCCUAUGUGGAGGCUGCCUCCCUCCCGUGUGCGGCUGUUACAGCGUGGGCCGGCCUUAAUAAAAUCGAGCCGCUGCAGCCGGGCCAUACCGUGCUGAUCCAGGGCACAGGUGGUGUCUCGCUUUUCACAUUGCAGUUUGCGAAAAUCCUUAACGCUCGCGUGCUGGCGAUUACCUCGUCAGAUGAGAAGGCUGCUAAGCUCAAGGAGUUGGGCGCUGAUGCUGCGGUGAACUAUAGCACCUGCCCUGACUGGGAUCGCGAAAUACUUGCUCUUACCAAUGGUAAGGGGGUUGACAGGGUGCUGGAUAUCGCCGGGGAGAAGACUAUUAUCAAGUCCGGGGCGUCGACGAAGAUAGGCGGCGUCAUCGUCGCGGUUGGCUUCGCAAGCGGCUUCGGCGGCGGGCUCCCACCGAUUGAUAUACUGGCUCGAAGUCUGACGGUGACAGGAUCCUCUAUUGGUUCACGGCUGGAUUUCGAGGCGAUGCUGGCAGCGAUGGCAAGGCGCGAGACCCGGCCUGUUAUUGACCAGGUGUAUCCUUUUGCAGAGUACCGUGAGGCUUAUCGCAGACUGGAGUCUGGACAGCAAGUCGGCAAAAUUGUUAUUGAAGUCACACCGGCGGCUGUCUAG